AUGGGCGGCCGAGAGAAAGACCAAGGGAAAUGGACCUUGCUCCGUAACAUCAAUCAGGUUCUGAAACCCCCCACGCUCUUGCCGAUCCUUGCCAUGUGUCUGGUGUCCGAAGGUCAGCAGCUAUACCUGCAUUACUGUCACAAGAUUGGGACUGUGUUUGUUUUGGUCUUCUCCGCUGCUGUCUUAACUGUGAUCACAGUACUGUGGAACGUACAAUGGCAGACGGUCGUCCUCUCCGUGCAGGUUACCGCUCCCUUUAUGCACGUGGGCGCCCUCCUCUUCAUGGUUCUGUCGUCCUGGCCGGUAGCCUUGCAUACCUUCCGCUUGAACAAAAAAGGUACAGUGACUCCCGUGAUGGUUUUGGUCCCCUACCUGGCUCUGCUUUUCUUUCUCUUCUUCAUUCCGCUAGGGAUAUACUCCCCUUGCAUCCGGGAGGAAGGGACUUUGGGCCCUAAGCCGGCUCUCAUUGGCCACAGAGGAGCGCCGAUGGUGGCUCCCGAAAACACGCUCAUGUCAUUUGUGAAAACCGUCGAGCACAAGGGUGACGGUUUCGAGACAGAUGUCACAAUUAGUUUUGACGGCAUCCCUUUCCUCAUGCACGAUCUGACUUUGGAGAGGACGACCAACAUUCAGGAGCUCCAUCCAGCGAACGCUAACGACAGGGCAUCCAUGUUUACCUGGGAUGUGUUGAGCAAGCUGAACUCUGGGAAAUGGUUCUUCAAGAAUCCGCCCUUUUACAGCAUGCCCACGAUGCCUUCCGGCGAAAGAGAGUGGGCUGAAAAGCAAACGAUUUACCUGCUGAGCGACUUCUUGAAGCUCGCGGACCGAGACAACAAGCUGGUCAUCUUUGAUCUCUAUCGCCCUCCUGAGGAUCAUCCGUACAGGGACAGCUGGAUCAACAGGAUUUUGGAAGUGGUCCUCAAUGAGUCGAAGAUCCAGCCCCAUUUGGUCUUGUGGCUGGAAAACAUGGACCGGUCACACGUUCAAGCAACAGCCCCUGAGUUCCAGCAAACGUACGGUAAAAAGGCUCCUCUCGAAGUGCUUCGAAGUGAGAAAAUCGUGAAGCUUAAUCUGAGUUACAAAGAGAUGUCUGCCGAAGACAUUCGGAUGUACGCUGAAAACAACAUCACCACCAACCUCUACGUGGUCAGUGAACCCUGGCUCUUCCUGGCCUGGUGCGCUGGUGCUCAUUCUGUCACAACCAAUGCGGUGCACACUCUAAGUGGCAUGACGAAGCCUGUCUUCCUGAUGACUCCCCGGGAUUACCAGAUCAUGUGGAUCCUCACAGACGUGCUCUCGGGCAUUCUCGUCUCUCUGGUGUUUCUGCUUCACUGGUGGAGAGAGAAGGGUGCUUCCUGUUUGCCUGGUAACAGCACCGAUAGUCUUGCAAAUGGCUCUUACAGCACCUUUGGAACAGGGAUGUCGGCUUUAUUGUUGGAACGUGGCCUUCCAGAAAUGGACUAUUCCUCAUAA